GGCCCUGACGUACGUGGAUCACGUGCUCGGCUGAUUACGUGUAGCUCAGCAGCAGCAGGAGCAGCUAACAGCAGCUUGACACAAGUGGGUAGUUUAUCGACUGUCACCACGACCACUCCACUUUAAUUACACAGCGAUAAACUGGAUUGUUAAAACCUAAAAACGGGACGGACGAGUAUUUAUCUGCGGUUAAAUGUUUUAACAAGAUGGAUGCUGCACGACUGGUUCCAUUGAAGCUACAUUCUGGUAUUCCUCACUUCUGCCUCGGUGCUUGGAUGAAGGAGCAGUGAGGUCCAUGAAUCCUGUGAAAAAACAAACUCAUCAAAAGCUGCACACGGCAUUUACAUUAGAGACACUGAAACUACGCAACGAUGUUUGCUAAACUUAAGAAGAAGAUCGCAGAGGAGGCAGCUACAGCCCCUCGGACUGGAGUUCGAAUCCCGCGCACCAUCAGCAAAGAGUCCAUCACUUCUGUUGGUGCCGACUCUGGAGAUGACUUUGCGUCUGACAGCAGCAGCUCCAGAGACGAUCUUCCUGCUCAGCUCCUUCGAAGAAACAACCAGAUCCGGAGACUAGAGGCCAAGCUCUCAGACUACGCUGAGCAGCUGAGACUUUUGCAGAAGACCAAGGACAAGCUUGAAAUUGCAUUAGAAAAGCACCAGGAUUUUUCAAUCAAGAAAAUGCAGGACCAGAAUGAGUCCCAUGUCGCCAGUACAGCCAAAAUGGCCGAAGGCAUGGCUCUGGCUCUGGAGAAAAAGGACCAGGAAUGGAUGGAGAAGCUAGAGGUGGUAGAAAAGGAGAAGGCGGCUCUCUCGGCUCGGCUGGAUGACAUGAUGGAGCAAAGUCUGGCUCUGUUUCAGAAACGAGACGAUCAUGACGAACUGGAGGGAUUCCAGCAGCAGGAGCUCGCCAAAGUCAAACACAUGCUGUUGAGGAAAGAGGAGCAGUUGGGCCAGCGGGAGCGAGAGCUGCAGCAAAAAGAGUCUGAAGUUCAGUCCAUGAAACGAGGUCUGAGUGAGGCCCGGAGCAAACUGCUCAAACUGGAGGAGGAGCAUAACCAGAGCUGCCAACUCAACGCAGAGCUAGAGAUAGAGAGAGAAGAACUGCUGUUGUUUAGAGAAGAAUCUGACAAAAAGAUCCUGGACUUAGAGACUCGAUGUGAAGAGCUACAGGCAGUAAUCAAGCAGGUGUCAGAGGACUUUCAACAGUCCCAGAAUAUGGUGACAUCAUUAGAAAAGUCUUUACAUGAACUCCAGACUGAACAUGAUGCUGUGAGGCUGCAACAACAAAAGGCAGCUGUAACAAAGGAGGAUAAGGAACGUACGUUGUCAGAGCUACAAAAGAAAGUGACGUCUUUAGAAAGAAGACUUCAAGGAAACCUGAGCCAGGAUGAGCACUUGCAGGAGCUACUGCAGGAGAAAUCAAGUUUGGAGGAAUCACUGGAAGAGACAAGAGCAGCGUUACUAACUGCUAGAACCAACCACACAGACACAGUGAGCUCUCUGGAGGCCCAGGUGUCGAGAAUGAGCAGCACCAUCAGUGAGCUGCAGACUCUGCUCCGACACAAAGAGGACUCCUCCAGGGCGUACAGAGAAAGGACUGACGCACAGAUUUCAAGUCUUGAGCAGCAGUUGUCAGAAAGUAAUGAGAGGUUAAAGAGUGCACAGCAACAAAUCAAUGAAAAAGAGCAGUGCACAGAGAAACUGAGAGGAGAGUGGGGGGCAGAGAGAGCCUUUUUGGAGCAGCAGCUGAGCUUGUUGGAUCAGCAAAGUCAGGACAAAUCCAGACAACUUGAGGAAAAUGUCAGUACUAUAAAGAUGGACAACCAGAGACUGCAGGACUCGCUGGCUGAUCUGGAGAAGAGAAAGCAUGAGAGUGAAUGCACUUUGAGACAAGCAUCAGAGGAGCUUGAAAAGUGCAAGGCCGACCUGACCAGCCAACAUAAAAUUUGCACAGAAAUCACAAAGGCUCUGGAGGACACGAGACGACAGAAAGAAGAACUACAGACACGGGUUGCUGAGUUGACAUCUUCUUUAGUCACCAAUCAACAUGAAGUAGCUACUUUGACUGACAAACUACAUCAGAAAGAAGAACAUACUAAAAAGCUUCAGAACGAGGUACAGAAUGGACAGGAGUCUCUACAGCGGCUCAGAGAAGAGUCAGAGCGACACAGAACUGAGUGUCAACAAAAUCAAGAGGAAAAAGAAAAUGAGCUGAAGGGUCUGAGGGAGGAGCUGCUCAGUCAGACUCAACAGUUAGACAGUUGCCAGGCCCGGAUCUCUUACCUGGAGGUGGAGGUAGAGACUCUGACAGAGCAGCAGCAGCAGCACCUGGAGCUUUGCGAGGAGGAACAGAAUGGCUCGGUUACAGUCGAUGACCUCGAUCACAUCCAGAAGCUCAACAGAGACCUGGAGCAGCAACUCGGAGAGAAAAACCGGACAAUAAAGCAGUUACAACAAAGGCUAGCGGAGCUAAAGAGGACUCUGCAGAAAGAACUGAAACUAAAACCUGAAGGAGAUGCUGAAGUGAAGGAGAAGACAGCAGAGACUCGGGCAGACAAACCAGAGAGGAUCAGUCCAGACCCCCCUCCCACAUCCGUCCUCAGCCCCCCCACCUUCAACACCACAGUCACCAACACAUCCGACCUAAACGACUCACGAGAGAUCAACUUUGAAUAUCUCAAACACGUGGUCCUAAAGUUCAUGUCCUGUAAAGAAGCAGAGGCCUUCCACUUAAUCCGAGCGGUGUCAGUGCUGCUGAAUUUCACACGUGAAGAGGAAGAUUUGUUAAAGCAGACUUUAGAAUACAAGAUGUCCUGGUUCGGAUCCAAGCCUUCUCCUAAAGGUAUCGUUCGACCUUCGAUCUCAGGCAGCUCGACGCACUGGAGCUGAUGGAGCAGAGACACUGGAGUGGACUGUAGCUUUAUUUAAGCAUUUACUGCCUCCAUGCUCUGCUCCUACAUCUACUGAUGAGAUUCAAGGGCUGUAUGGAUUCUGUAGGCUUUUCCUAAUCCUAAUUCAGAUGAUGUUUUAAUUGUCUGGUGAGGGUUUUCUAGUGAAACCUGCAACUAUGUAUGAUUGACUUCAUCUUAAAUGCCUCGACAUCAUGGCCUCUGUGUUUUAAUCAAAUUUCAAAUGUAAGAAUAUCGUCUUGAAAUGACAAUGAUAUGCUGCUCCACACUCCAUUUUCCUUCUGCUUUAUCCAGGCCGGGUCGCGGAGGCAACUAGCAAUUAACAAUUUAAUUUUAAUAAGAAAAUGGCAAGGACUAUGGUUAGUGAUGGACUUUCUCAAUUGGAAACAAAUUGAAUGCUAGUUUUAAGAGUAUGAACUAGAAACUAGCCUUGUUUAAAGCUGUUAUAGGGCAAAAGGGGGUGAAGUAGCAGAGUGGUUAGCGCCCUUCCCUCUAAGCAAAAUGAUUGUAUGUUUAAUUCUCAGGCCGGCAGGCUACCACCUCAGUGAAGUUUGCAUGUCCUCUUUUUGUGGUUACGGACUAUUUUUGCCACUUUCCUAAAACGUGCAUGUAUAAGCAAAUUGGUUAAUUGAAAUUGCCCAUAGUAUGAAACGAUACCUCCUAUCAAGAAUAAGCUGAAGAAAAUUGCCAAUUGGUGCAUGUACCAAGAAGCAAAAAUGGUUUGCUGCAAUAUGGUUGUUUUAACAUUAACCUACAUAUGCACACUGUUCUUCUUGUAGGCCAUUUUAAACACAAAUCUGGAUGAAGGCAACAUUGUGAGUAAAAAGUGAAUGCUUUGUAAAUGACUUUGGGAACUACCUUAUUCUUUAAAUGUACAUUCCAUGUUUAUAUUUAAAUUGUACAUACUGUAUGCAUUGAGAGCUUUAUAAAUAUGUGGAGGAUGUAACAGAUUUUUGGACAUAUCAUAAUGAAAACCCUUCACUUUUCCACAUAAUUAAAUUGCAGUGGGUUCAGAAGUCAUUUUAUUUUAUUUUUCACUUUGCGUGUGUCCGCAGUUUUUGAUCAUUUUAAAGGUUAUCAAAACAGUGGACAUAUUUCUAUAUUUUUUGCUCCCAUUCUUUAAAAUUUUAAUUAUAAUUUGUAAUCUUUUUUCCCAGUCUUUUUAAAAUCAUUUUUUCCUCAAAUUAUUUUUUGGGUCAGUUCUAAAGCUUAAGUUUAAAUUUCUGGUAGGGCACAUACAUUUUUUUUCUCUCUGUGAAUAUUCUUUUUCUGUGAAUUUUCCUUGCAUCAUAAGGAUCUCUAUAACAGUCUCUUUCCAAAAAAAGGCAAAACCUGCCUUCAAUCAAACAGAAAUGUAUUGGGAAGAUUUUAAAACACUACUAUUAUAUAAUAUACUAACUUUGUGAUUUAUAACAGCAAUUGUUUAUACUGUCUCUGUGAGAAUUAAGUAAACAAUGCACUUUUUAAGCAGAAA